AGAACGAAGAGAUGAAGAAAGACACUCGCUUGACCUUCCUCCAGCUGAUCAGGUCAAGAUGGCUGCCUCUCUCACCUCCCUUGCCCGGCGCACUAUUUCCACCUCCCUGCGCAACUAUGCCGCCUCUGGAGCUGCCCACGCCCACGAAGGUGGACACAAGCAGUGGAAGAUGGUGUCACUGCUGGUAGCCAUGCCCGCCAUCGCCCUGUGCAUGUUCAACGCCUUCUCUGCCGAGCACGAACACCCUCCCGAGUUUGUCCCCUACGAACACCUCCGUAUUCGCACCAAGCGAUUCCCAUGGGGUGACGGUAACAAGUCCCUCUUCCACAACCCCCAUGUGAAUGCUCUUCCCGAUGGCUAUGAGGAGCACUAAGAAAUGAGUCUUGUACCACCACACCACCACAGCAAGGCAACACAGCAAAGUACCACAGCGAUGCAACACAGCAAGGAUGACUUUAGUGUGCUUUGUCAAAUGUAUUGCCUGUUAGUUUAAUAUUGUUGUGAAGAUGUUAUAUGUUUCAGUCACUUGUACUGAGAAAUUGAAAGAGGAAAGAUAAAUAUAGAGUUUCAUCCACCGAAUCACUCGUCAACUCAAAGUGCAUUACCCAAAUUAAAUAAGAAACCUUGAAAAAUAAGGAGAAACAAAUUACUUUUUAAGGGAACUGGCAAUCAAGUGGAGCCGUUUCUUUUAUGGCCAGCCUUCCCUCUUGCAUAAAACAAGAAGAACAA